AUGACUCCUGACACGAAUGGCAGUGACAUCCAUCUGGAGAACACAAGUGUGACAUUGGACAAGUUUCUGGAGAAAUAUUUGGGACCCCGUCGCUCACCCAUGUUGCUUCCCAUCUGCAUCAUUUAUCUGAUCAUAUUUUUAGUGGGUGUGUUUGGCAAUGCGCUGACUUGCACUGUCAUCUCACGCAACAAAGUGAUGUGGACGCCAACCAACUACUACCUGUUCAGCUUGGCCGUGUCAGACCUGCUGGUGCUACUGCUGGGCAUGCCACUGGAGCUGUACGAGCUGUGGCAGAACUACCCAUUCCUGUUUGGGAAGGGAGGUUGCUACUUUAAGAUUUUCCUAUUUGAGACCGUCUGCUUGGCAUCCAUCCUCAAUGUGACAGCACUGAGCGUGGAGCGCUACAUCGCCGUGGUGCACCCGCUACGGGCAAAAUACAUGGUGACGCGCACCCACGCCAAGCGGGUCAUCCUCACGGUUUGGGGUGUGUCAGUGUUGUGUGCUCUUCCCAACACAAGUCUGCAUGGGAUUUCCUACCUGAUCAGUAAUUCCUCCAGUCCAGACGGGCCACAGAAGGUGGAGAUCCCUGACUCGGCCAUAUGUACAGUGGUGAAGCCUCAGUGGACAUAUAACCUGAUCAUCCAAGUCACCACCUUACUAUUUUUCUUCCUACCCAUGCUUACCAUUAGUGUUCUGUACACGCUCAUUGGGCUGCAGCUCAAACAGGAGAGGAUGCACCAAGCGCUGGAAGCAAAGUCAAGCACCGUUCAGGACAGUUUCUGUAGCGCCCGCACUCAACAACAAAAGGCCAGACGACGGCAGGUCACCAAAAUGUUGUUUGUUUUAGUGGUGGUUUUUGGGAUCUGCUGGGCCCCAUUCCACACAGACCGCCUUGUGUGGAGUUUCAUCACUGAGUGGACUGACAGCUGUCGGCAAAUCUUCGAGUAUGUGCACAUUAUCUCUGGAGUGUUAUUCUACCUCAGCUCAGCAGUCAACCCAAUUCUCUACAACCUCAUGUCCACGCGUUUUCGAGAAAUGUUCAAGGAUGUGAUGUGCCAUCGGCCACACAAUGCCAUCCCGAGAAAAUAUUCUUUAAGUGUUACUCGAGUGACACUCCGCAGUACCUUAAAUGAAGCGCCGCUCAGUAUGGGAGCCAAUGUUGUGGAAGGCGAGGUAGAGGAUGGAGAGCGGGUGGCGAAAGAGGAGUCCACUCUCACAUGUUAA